AUGGGUUGUUGUCAAACACUUAAAACUAUCAGCAUGAUAAAAAGUGGUGGCCAAAGUACUUCUAGUCCAGUAAAAAAGCGAUCUCCUGGGAGUGGUGACAUAAAUACUAAUAACUCACCAAAUCAUUCAGCGAAUUUCAGAAUGCACCGAAAGCUUUUUGUUUCCCAUGUAAAAUGCCUUGCAACAGAAAAGUUCAAAAAUUUAGAAAAAAUUGGGACUGGAGGUUUUGGAAUGGUUUUUAAAGCUAUAUCUUCCAUAUAUAAAUAGUGAUUUUAAUUUGUAUAUUAAUUAAAAAUAGAUAUAAUUACGAUAAGAUAUAUAGAAAAAGAGACAGGAAUAGCCAGAGCUCUUAAAUUUAUCCCUAAAGAUAGUAUAAAUCAAGGCACAAUUUUUGAGGAAAUCGACAACUUAAAACAGCUUGUAAUUUCUAUUUAGGACCAUCCUAACGUUUUAUCAAUUAUACAAGUCAUAGAAGAGCCUGACAGACUUGCUAUUGUUACUGAGCUAUGCACAGGCCCCAAUUUGUAUGAAAAAAUUUCAAAGGCUCGAAUUUUUACUGAGAAUCAGGCUGCGAAUUAUAUGCAUCAGAUUUUUUCAGGUCUUCUUCAUUGUCAUAAAUCCGGUAUAAUCCAUAGAGACUUAUACUGCUUUACAUAAUUAUUUUUUUUAAUUUUUUUUAUUUUUAAAUACAAUAUUCAUAUAAUAAAGAAUAAAGCCAGAAAACCUGAUCUUUGAAAGCUCAAAUGAAUGCUCAUUACUAAAAAUUAUUGACUUCGGAACGUCUUGCAAAAACUGUAAAGUAAGCAGUAUAAAAGAGCUUGUUGGGACUGUAACGUCUAUUUAGCCAUAUUAUAUGUCACCUGAAGUAAUUAAUCAGAAUUAUACGAAAAAGUGCGACUUGUGGAGCUGCGGGGUGAUUUUAUAUAUGAUGCUCUCUGGAGUAGUGCCUUUUAAUGGUUAUAAUACACAUAUCAUUUACAAUAAAAUUAAGGAAGGAGAAUUUUCACUGGAAUAUGGAGUUUGAGAUAAAAUUUCAUAUGGCGCAAAAGAUUUAAUUAGGCAGCUUUUGAUUAAGGAUCCGAAUAAACGAAUUUCAGCAUCAAAAGCACUAAAUCACCCUUGGAUUCUGCAAGGAAUAAGAGGGGCAAUUGUAAAUAAACCGCUGAGUGUAAAUUUAGGCUAUAAAAAUAUUUAUAAAGCAUUAAAGAUAUAAAGAAUUCUUAGCGCUAAAGAAAUAUUCACCAAUUAAGGACAUAAAUAUAUACCAAAUUGUAUAAAAUUAAAUCAAAGAAAAAUUUUUUUUAUUAAUUAAAAAUCAAGAAAAUUUAAUUAUAAUUUUUAUUAGAAAUUUUAUUAAAUAGGCAUAAUUUCAAGGCUUCAAAGCUAUACAGGUGCCAACGCAUUAAAACAAGCCACUCUCAGAUACAUAGCUAGUCAUUUAAUGGAGGAAGAAAAGAGCAGAGAAUUGAACCAAGCUUUUGUAAAAAUUGACAAAGAUGGAGAUGGAAAGCUGAAUAAAACUGAGAUUCGUGAGGCCUUAAAGCAGCUUAAAUUAGAUAAGCUCUAUAAUGUGAAAGAAAUUAUGGAUAAGUGCGAUGUUGAUAGAACUGGGUUUAUUGAUUAUACAGAGUUUAUUACUGCAGCUAUGGACUGAAAUAAAGAAUUAUACCUUUUAAACAUAAAAAAAGUCUAUUAUUAUAGCCUGUUUUUUUAAUUAAAUUUUUAAAAAAAUCAUUUUUAUUAAGAAUAUCAACCGAUCGAUUGAUUUCUGCCUUCAAAAUCUACGACUCUGAUGGAAAUGGAUGCAUUUCAUUAGAUGAAAUAAUUAAUUUCAUGGGUGAAGGCCUAUCAGAAAACGCUGAAAAAGUUUUCAGAGAAGCAGACACAAAUGGUGAUGGGGUUAUUGAUAUAAACGAAUUUAUAACUUUAGUCACAGGAAGAAAUUUGCAGUUUGGUAUUGAUAUCAGUACCCAAGCUGUAUAA